UGUGAAAGGAACGAGACGUGAAGAGAACAAUAAAUGAGGUGAUGAUAACCCUCAUCAUCGUCACGUCGUUUUUCAUUCUCUUCUCCCAAUAACAAUCUCCCAGAAUUCCACGCUCUCUCUCUCUCUUCUCUCCCUCUAAAGCCUAGUCAACUUCAUCUCUUCUUUGUCCCAUAUUAAUCCAACACUCUCUCUCUCCCUCUCUCUCUCUUCAACAAUGCUUCUUCAUCAACCUAUAUACAAAUUACCAUAACAACACUCACUUCCAAACACACUUCUAUAUCUAUCAACCAUUCCUACUUUCUUAUUCUAGUUUCUUUCAUUCUUCUUUAUAUUUAUAACCUUUUCUCUUAUAUCAUUCUCACUUAAACCCUAGCAUUAUGUGGAUGGUAGGUUACAAUGAAGGUAGUGACUUCAACAUGGCUGAUUAUCCUUUCAAUGGAAGAAAACUCAGACCUCUCAUUCCAAAGCCACUCACUACUACUUCCUCUUCUACUUCUUCUCCUAACAACAACAUUUCAACUACUAAUCCUUCCUUAAACCGCAUUCAUGGCACCAAUGAUUUCUUCACACAAUAUCACAACCUUCACCAAGUUGGAGAUCAAAGCAAGAGAUCAGAGUUGAACAAUCCGGCCGCAGUUGUGGUGAGUUCGAGAUGGAAUCCAACGCCGGAACAGUUAAGAGCACUUGAAGAAUUAUAUAGAAGAGGAACAAGAACACCAUCUGCUGAACAAAUCCAACAAAUCACUGCACAGCUAAGAAGAUUCGGAAAAAUUGAAGGAAAGAAUGUCUUCUAUUGGUUUCAGAAUCACAAAGCAAGAGAAAGACAGAAACGACGCCGUCAAAUGGAAUCAGCAGCUGAGUUUGAUGCUUCUCUUGAAAAGAAAGACCUAGGAGCAAGUAGGACAGUGUUUGAAGUUGAACACACCAAAAACUGGCUACCAUCCACAAACUCCAGUACCAGUACUCUUCCUCUUGCAGAGGAAUCUGCUUCAAUUCAAAGGGUAGCAGCAAAAGCAGAUCAGUACUCUAGAACAGAUGGAUGGGUCCAAUUCGAUGAAGCAGAAAGAAAAAAUUUUAUGGAAAGGAAUGCCACGUGGCAUAUGAUGCAGUUAACUUGUCCUACCUUCAUAAACACUACACAAUGUUACCCUAAUAAUUCUAAUUACAUCCCUUCUACAGCAACAGCUAGCAUGGCCACCACCACCUCAACUACAGUAACAACUAGACUAAUGGACCCAAAACUCAUCAAGAGGACACAUGAUUUAAGCUUAUUCAUUUCACCUUUCCACUUAACCAGUAAUAGUAGUAGAAUCAACACUAGUACUCACACUCAGCAUGAAGAAUCUGAUCAAACACUUCAACUUUUCCCAAUAAGGAAUGAAGGAGAUAAUGGAGGCAGUGAUGAUGUUGAUCAUAGCAUUAUUAACCAACACAAAGAGACAGAGAUAUCAUCUUCAGCAAUGAAUGCACCAAACCAGUUUAUUGAGUUUCUACCGUUGAAGAACUGAUUAGAAUAUAUUAUAUGAUAUAAAAUAAACAAGAGUUUGGUAUGCAUGUCAAAUGACAGGUUUGUAUGUUAGGUGUUGGAUUUUGUUGGAAAAUAGCACUAGUUUUUAUUGUUAUUGAUGUUAUGUUUCAAGAAAUUGGUGGUGUAAUAGACACUGAGUUUGAAUGAGGUAUUUUCCUUAAAA